AUGGCAGAGAAGGUCCUGGUGACUGGCGGAGCUGGCUACAUCGGCAGUCACUGCGUGCUGGAGCUGGUGGAGGCUGGCUACGUCCCCGUGGUCAUAGACAACUUCCACAACGCCAUCCGAGGAGCAGACGCGCUCCCCGAGAGCCUCCGGCGUGUGCAGCAGAUCGUGCGCCAGCCCAUCCUCUUCCAGGAGCUGGAUAUCACCGACGAGGCAGCGCUGCGGGAGCUCUUCAGUAAGGUGAGAGCGAGAGCUGCAGUGCCCCAGGGUGGGCUGCGAGGGGUGAGAGGGGUUUGUGCUGGGGGUGGGAGCCAGGAGGGAGACGUGGGCUGGAGAGGACAGUGCUGAGGAAACGCUGGGACCCGCAAACGUUUCUCUGGGCCACAGAGAACACACGGGCUGGCUGAAUGAAAGAACAUCGUGUUCAGCAGCUCCGCCACCGUCUACGGAGACCCCAAGUACCUGCCCCUGGAUGAGAACCACCCCGUUGGAGGCUGCACCAACCCCUACGGCAAAUCCAAGUACUUCAUCGAGGAGAUGAUUCGAGAUAUCUGCAAAGCAGAGAAGGGCUGGAACGCCGUUCUCCUGCGCUACUUCAACCCCAUCGGUGCCCACGAGUCAGGAAUGAUCGGAGAAGAUCCUCAGGGUAUCCCGAACAACCUCAUGCCCUACGUGGCGCAGGUGGCCGUGGGGCGCCGGGAAUUUCUGAGCGUGUUCGGGAAUGACUACAAGACGGACGAUGGAACGGGCGUCAGGGAUUACAUCCAUGUGGUGGAUUUGGCCAAGGGCCACAUCGCUGCUUUGAAGAAGCUCCAGGAGAACUGCGGCUGCAAG